GAGAGAGAUCUCAACAAAAUUUGUGGUCGAUAUCCAUCCGACCUGUUUAGACUCCCACUAUCAACAGCAAAAAGCAACAAAAACCCUUGAAGGAUCCAACCUCAUUAUACAACUUGUCUGCCCCCCCUCUCAUCUCCUCUCCUAUCCUCCAUUCUUUAUACAGUACCUACCGGACGGGAAAAGAGCAUAGCUACUCCGAUGGAGCAGUACUUACUGGCUAGCUGCUAACCCUAGAGGGCGAGCCGUACGCUUGAAUUUUUUUUUUUCAGCAGACUAGCUAAUUUAUUAGCUACUGGUGCUGUAAAUUUUGAUAUAUAUAUUUUUUUGCAUCUGGAAAUUAACCAGAAAUAAUUGCUUGAUGCUUCUUUUAUCACCUUUGAGGGAGGGUCAUCAUCAUCAUCAGCUCAAAGAUGAAAAACAGUUAGGUGAUGAUGGUGACGUGGAGAGUAGUUUUGCUUUUAAUGGCGGAAAUAACACAGUGCUUGAUUUCCCAGAGUUUUCGGGAGGAAUGGGAAUGGGGAAUCUGCUGGAUAGCAUCGACUUCGAUGACCUCUUCGUUGGCAUCCAUGACGGAGACGUCUUGCCGGAUUUGGAGAUGGACUCGGAAAUACUUGACUUUUCAGUUCCAGCACCCGCCGACGAUAUCAACACAAAAACAACACCACCACCACCAUCCAAAGAGGAAGAAGAGGUUGCUGAUGAUUACUAUAAUACUACAAAGACUAGGACGACGUCGUCCAAAGUGGAAGACCAGGAGGAGGAGGAUUUGCAUGGACAUGGUGAGGUUGCUGCAGCCGCAGUUAGUAUAACGAGUACUAAUAAUAAUUCAGGGUUGAAUCAGAAUUACUCCAGCUCCAGUACUACUACUACUCCGGAUCAUCGAGGAGAUCAAGAAAUAGUGAGUAAAAGAGAUGAUAUUAAUCAAAUUAGGGCAGCUCAUCGUCCCUCCUCCGGAUCCACCCGAAGAAAAUCAGCUGACCACAAAUUAGCAACAAAGUCUUCACCCGCAGCCCAAUCCAAAAAGUCUCAUGGGAAGCGAAAAGUUAAGGUGGAUUGGACACCAGAACUGCACAGGAGGUUCGUGCAAGCAGUAGAGCAACUAGGGGUGGAUAAGGCAGUCCCUUCUAGGAUUCUAGAGCUUAUGGGAAUAGAUUGUCUCACUCGCCACAAUAUUGCUAGCCACCUUCAAAAAUAUCGGUCGCAUAGGAAACAUUUGCUAGCCCGUGAGGCAGAGGCAGCUAGCUGGACCCAGAGACGGCAAAUGUAUGGGGCAGUAGCUGCUGCCGGAGGAGGAGCAGGAGCCAAGAGUAGAAGGGACAUCAUGAUGAUGAAUAACCCUAAUUGGCUUAAUGCACCCACCAUGGGUUUCCCUUCGAUAACUAGUACUACACCUCCUCCCAUGCAUCACGCUCAGCACUACCACCAGUUGAUCAGACCCUUACAUGUGUGGGGUCACCCCACCAUGGACCAAUCCAUGAUGCACACGUGGCCGCCAAAGCAUCAUCUUCCCCACCAUUUCCCAUCUCCAGUACUACCACCUCCUCCACCAGCUCCUGCACAUGCAUGGCCUCCUGGUCCGCCACCUCCUCCAGACGCUUCGUACUGGCACCACCCUCACUCUCACCACCAGCGUGCUCUGGACUCACCAACUCCAGGAGCACCAUGUUUUCCAAGGCAGCAGUUGGUUGCUCCGACGCAGAGAUUUCCCACCCCACCUGUCCCAGGCAUUCCACCACAUGCCAUGUACAAAGUUGAACCUGCAGGCAUUGCUGCCCCCACUCCACCACAAUCUGGUCCUCACCUUCUUCUCGAUUUUCAUCCGUCAAAAGAAAGCAUAGAUGCAGCUAUUGGAGACGUUUUAUCGAAACCGUGGCUCCCUCUUCCUCUUGGCCUAAGACCUCCCGCUACCGAUACUGUCAUGGUGGAGCUACAACGACAGGGAGUUCAGAAAUUUCCACCCUCCUGUGCUUGAACCUGAACAGAUUGAUACCACAUUUGAUAAUGUUGUAUCAAUCUUGAUGGUGUUUGUUCAAGACAACAGAGGUAGAAAACCCCAAAUUUGACGACAAGUCCUUUCAUAGAUAAUAUUGUACGCAUCGACCUGCUCUGCGAGUUUUUUUUCUCUUUCUUUUCUUUUUGGCCCGUCAUUUUUCUAGAUCUUCUUCCUAAGCUAAUUGAGUAUAAACUACUUCUUCAUUAUAUGUGUACAAGACACCUUAUAUUAGCAUAUAUAUGUCGGAAUAAAGCGAAUGAUUUUUGGAGUGGUUGCUCUGAGUAAAUAAA